CCUCUCGAUCAAGAACCUCCCCAUCCAUCCAUCGUCCCCUCUCGCCCACCCACCCUCACCAACCACUCGCUCGCUCGCUUGCAUUCUGCAUGCCUUUUUUCUUUUAUUUUUUUGUUAUCACUAUUAUUGCUACCAUUGCUAUCUAUUUAUUUAUUUUUUUGAUUGCUUUUCUCUCACGCUGCUCUCCCCCCUCUAUCUUCCUCUAUCUUUCUCUAUCUUAUCUCUCUCCACACACACCCACAGUUUCAACCCAUCCUGAAACAAGAUUGAAUGAGCAAGGCAAAGCACCUCCAAAGCACCCUCCUCCGUGGACAGCAGCUCCUGCAGCAGCUCCACACCCCGGUGGUUACCGUCGUCUCUGCCACGGCCACCACCGCCUCCACCGCCUCCGCCUCAGGGUCCCUACGUCUGCUGCCCUCGCGUCUCAUAAUCGGACCUAGUCUGGAUUCAGGCGCGCGUUCGAUUCACACCCAGUCCCAUUUACAACCACUGCAACUCCACCAGCAGCAGCAGCAGCAGCAGCAGCAAAAACAACAACAGCAGCAUUAUCACCAUAGAUCAUGUCAACGGCACAACUCACGCGUCCGUCAACAGCAAGAUCACCCUUGCUCAAAUGCUGCCUGUCUGCUCCACACCUCUGCUUUAAACCGCUCGUUGCCCUCGCCCUCGCCCUCGGAAACAGCAAAGGCUGCAACGGAAACCGCAGCAGCUGCUUCGAGCUUGGAUGGCACCGACAAUAUCUCACGCAACAAUACAGACUCUGGCCAUCCUUCUUCAGUACCCAUCUCGAGCACGGGUGAUGUUCAUGCAGCAGCAGCAAAUGCACACGUGUUUACUGAGCAGACCGCUUUGCGAUGGACCUCAGAACUGCCGUGGAUAGAUCCGCUCACCCAGUCAUCGUACGAACCGGGCCAGAACCCAAUAAAGCCCAGUAACGGAGGAGGGACAUUGGGAGGUACAGGAAGGACUCAAGGAUCGACCAUUACAACAACAAAGACCUCGUCGUUUUUCGAUCAGCCCUUUCAGAACACACGGCAUAAUUACGUCUUUGCGCAUGGCGCAUCUGGCUUUGCAAAGAACCCUGGAAAGGCACCCACGCUUACGCCUGAGGAGGAUCGCGCCUACUUCAGCGUACAGGUUGGAGAGGAUUCAUAUUUUCGCCGACAUGACGCCCUCGGCGUCGCAGAUGGUGUUGGAGGGUGGAGCGGCACAACAGGCGCAAACCCGGCCCUUUAUUCGCGCAAGCUGAUGCACUACGCCUUCUUGGAGCUGGAAAAAUAUGACAACAUCGAGGAGGAGGCAUUCUACGACUACUUCAAUGUCAACCCUGUUCAGAUCCUGGAGAAGAGCUACGAACAGAGUGCAAGGGAUGCCAAGAAGGAGGGCCUGAUCGGAUCUUCAACGGCAUGCCUGGCUAUCCUCCGUGACGACGAACUUCGUAUUGCCAACCUGGGGGACUGUGGUGUGAGCGUUAUUCGUCACAACGAGUUCAUUUUCAGAACCGAGGAGCAGCAGCACUCAUUCAAUUAUCCGUACCAGCUCGGGACGGGCAGCACUGAUAGUCCUACGGAUGCCCAGGUGUUCACGGUCAAGGUGGAGAGUGGCGAUAUUGUCGUGAUGGGAACAGACGGCAUUUUCGACAAUCUCUUUGACGAGGAUAUUCUGGAGGAAGUUGUGCGAUGUGUCAGUGGCGUAGAUCCGAAUCAGAACCAGAGUCCUUACGGCACAGGAAAACCGCCAGCGAUUCUCUCAGGCAAGGGUGUGGGCGGUCUUUGGAGUGGACUGACGAGCGGUGCAGCCAAAUUGGCCUCAACAUCCACCUCGACAAUUGCAGCAAUUACCGGCAAGACUACGGCCGCCGCAGGGACAGCAGAUACAGCUGCAACAAGUACAGCAACGUCAGCAGGGGAAGCAGAACCCAUCGCAGCACUGCUGAGUCGGGAAGAUCGAGAGUCGUCUAGUGAGCUUUCGCCCAUUGCCGCGGCAGCCAUCGCUGCCGCCCAUUCGACCGCAUUACCGCCCUCCGCUGCACUAUAUACCAUACCCACGGCGUCGCAGAGGCAGUACGAGCGCAAGAUUCCAGAGCCCAGCGUCAUCAGCGAUGCAUUGGCAAAAAGGGCCAAGAGCGUUAGCGAGGAUACGAGGCAUCAUGGCAGUCCAUUCCAGAGUCGCGCGAUGCAGGAGGGCCUUUACUACCAAGGGGGUAAACAGGACGACAUGAGUGUGCUUGUUGCGAUCAUCAAGGUUGCAGAAGACUCGCCUGAUCGGCGGUAGAAUCUUUUUUUUUUUUUUUUU